UGGCGGGCCGGGGGCGGGCCAGGGGCGGGGCCGGGCGCCCUUCAUCCCCCGUCGCUGUGCUCAGCCGGGAGCAGAGCGGACAGCGCCAGCCUGAGCGGAGCACCGUGCGUCCCCACCCACCGGGCCAGACCUUUGACUUGUGUUGGUGUGAGAGUCAGUGCUCCGGGUGGCAGACCCUGACCAUGGAGGCACCUCUGCAGACAGAAAUGGUGGAGCUGGUGCCCAACGGCAAACACUCAGAAGGGCUGCUCCCAGUCACCACCCCCACGGCUGUCAACCAGAGGGUUGAAGGCCCCAGACGGAGCUGUGUUGAGGGUGAGGGCUUCCUACAGAAAAACCCCAGCAAGGAGCCACACUUCACAGACUUUGUGGGGAAGACUUCAUUUGGGAUGUCAGUGUUCAACCUCAGCAACGCCAUCAUGGGCAGUGGCAUCCUGGGACUCGCCUAUGCCAUGGCCAACACGGGCAUCGUCCUUUUCCUGUUCCUGUUGACAGCCGUCGCCCUGCUCUCCAGCUACUCCAUCCACCUGCUACUCAAGUCCUCAGGGAUCGUGGGUAUCCGUGCCUAUGAGCAGCUAGGCUACCGUGCCUUUGGGACCCCAGGAAAGCUGGCAGCGGCCCUGGCCAUCACACUGCAGAAUAUUGGAGCCAUGUCCAGCUACCUGUACAUCAUCAAGUCCGAGCUGCCCCUUGUCAUACAGACCUUCCUGAACCUGGAGGAGCAAACUUCGGACUGGUACAUGAAUGGGAACUACCUGGUGAUCCUUGUUUCUGUCAUCGUCAUUCUGCCCCUGGCACUGAUGCGGCAGCUUGGCUACCUGGGUUACUCCAGCGGCUUCUCUCUCAGCUGCAUGGUGUUCUUCCUAAUUGCAGUCAUCUACAAAAAGUUCCAUGUGCCCUGCCCUCUGCCCCUCAACCUCGCCAACAUCACGGGCAACGUCAGCCUCAUGGAGGUCACCAAGGAGGAGGCUCAGCUGCAGGCUGAAACAGAGGCCGCAGCCUUCUGCACCCCGAGUUACUUCACACUCAACUCACAGACAGCAUAUACCAUCCCCAUCAUGGCCUUCGCCUUCGUCUGCCAUCCCGAGGUGCUGCCCAUCUAUACGGAGCUCAAGGACCCCUCCAAGAGGAAGAUGCAGCACAUCUCCAACCUGUCCAUCGCCGUCAUGUAUGUCAUGUACUUCCUGGCUGCCCUCUUCGGCUACCUCACCUUCUACGACGGGGUGGAGUCGGAGCUACUGCACACCUACAGCAAGGUGGACCCAUUUGACGUGCUGAUCCUCUGUGUGCGUGUGGCCGUGCUGACGGCAGUCACACUCACAGUGCCGAUCGUUCUGUUUCCGGUGCGCCGUGCCAUCCAGCAGAUGCUGUUUAAGAACCAGGAGUUCAGCUGGCUGCGGCACAUACUCAUUGCCAUCGGCCUGCUCACUUGUAUCAACUUGCUGGUUAUCUUCGCUCCCAACAUCCUGGGCAUCUUCGGGGUCAUUGGUGCCACAUCUGCCCCAUGCCUCAUCUUCAUCUUCCCCGCCAUCUUCUACUUUCGCAUCAUACCCACCGAGAAGGAACCUGCAAAGUCUACCCCCAAAAUCUUGGCCCUUUGUUUCGCUGUGCUUGGCCUCUUGCUGAUGACCAUGAGCUUGAGCUUCAUCAUCAUUGAUUGGGUGUCAGGGACCGGCCGGCAUGGAGGAAGCCACUAGGAAGACCCCGCCCUGUUCUGUCUACUCGUCCAAGUACCCCUGCCCAGAGUCUUCAGCCCCUGCUCCCAUCCAGUGGCCAGUCAGCGGGGAGAAGAAAGACGUGGUUAACACUAUGGCAUUUGUCCCCUGCCUCACGUCUUCUCUGUGGAAGGUUUUUGUUACAGCCAGGACCAAGGCCCUUGGACCACUACUUUGCUGGGCUCCCGGGCUACAGGGGCUUCCGGAGUUGGGAGCAGGGUGGGGCUGUGCCCUUGCUCCCUUCCUGUUGCCUCAGAUCCCACUCAGGCCCCUGCCCUCCUUGCACAGAUGCAAACACUGAGGUCCAACAGCUGCCUACACAGUCUGUAGGGCACAUAGAGUUGGAGCCCAAGCCUGCAGCCAUCUCCCCACCUUGCUGCUGGACCUUGGUCUGCACUCUGGGGCCUCAUCUCCCUCAAUGCACUUGCCUUCCCCCACUUCUGUCCCGGAGGCCCCUUUCAGUCACUUGGACUCAAGCGCUUGGAUACUCUCAUCCCCUUCUCCCAUCCCCACCACCAGAAGCAGACCACCCCCCAUACCUGAAGCCAUCAGGUUCUUUUAAAUGUGAGGCUGGUGUGGGCACCCCCAGGGACCUGCCCCUUCACCAGUCCUGGGGAGGCUGGGACUCCCCCCACCCCAAGUCUGGGCCAUAGCUCACAUUCCAUUUCUGGGAGAAGAAAGAGGCUGGGGCCCAGAGCGUCUCUGCCCCUGGGAGCCAAAGACCCCAGGGGCUGAUCCGGGGUAGGAGUGGAGAAGCUGUCAGCUCCCUUUUAUAAAUAUUAUACAUAAUACCA